GCAGGCAGAUGCUCUAUCCACUGAGCCAAACCGGCCAGGGCCAGAGUCCUCCCUCUUAACCUCCAUCCUUCAUUCCCCCUCAAUCUGCUCUAACACGCCCCGCCCCAAAGAACAACCGAGGCUCCGCCCCAGAUCAUGCUAAUAAGACGUCUCGAUACCCCGCCCACUGUGUUAUGCAAAUAAGGCGCCCGAGGCCACGCCCCUCGCUCCUUCGCGGAGUCUGCGCGGCGCAGAGCCGGGGCCGACAGCAUCUCCAUUUGUGCGUCCACCCGCCCGCCUGCCAGGCCAGCAAUCAGUCGGUCCGGCCGCGCUGGUGACGUCUAAGCGGACCCCGAGCUCAGGUGGCAGAGCCUCUACCCGAGCAAGCCUUGUGGAUGGAGCACUGGACCCAGAGUGCCUACCCUCACCUGCCUGACCCUCAGUUUCCACAUCUGUGCAAUGGGGGUGACCAUCACUGCCCUGCUGGCUGCCAGGAACGGCUGUGAGUCCACGGGCGUGGCAGCCACCUGUGGGAAGUCAUAGGGCUCUUUCACAGGCCCAGGCCUUCACCAUGGCGGGAGGGAGACCUCAGCUCAAGAGGAGUUUCUCCAUCAUUCCCUGCUUUGUCUUCGUGGAGUCUGUGCUGCUGGGCGUGGUGGUCCUGCUUGCGUACCGCCUGGAGUUCACGGACACCUUCCCUGUGCACACCCAGGGCUUCUUCUGCUAUGACAGUACUUAUGCCAAGCCCUACCCAGGGCCUGAGGCUGCCAGCCGGGCACCUCCUGCACUUAUCUAUGCUCUGGUCACCGCUGGGCCCACCCUCACGAUCUUGCUGGGGGAGCUGGCUCGUGCCUUUUUCCCCGCACCACCCUCAGCCAUCCCCAUCAUCGGGGAGAGCACCAUCGUGUCUGGGGCCUGCUGCCGCUUCAGCCCCCCACUGAGGAGGCUGGUCCGCUUCCUGGGGGUCUACUCCUUUGGCCUCUUCACCACGACCAUCUUCGCCAACGCGGGGCAGGUGGUGACUGGCAACCCCACGCCGCACUUCCUGUCCGUGUGCCGCCCCAACUACACGGCCCUGGGCUGCCAGCCGCCCUCGCCGGACCGGCCAGGGCCCGACCGCUUUGUCACCGACCUGGGUGCCUGCGCUGGCAGCCCCAACCUGGUGGCCGCUGCACGCCGCGCGUUCCCCUGCAAGGAUGCCGCCCUUUGCGCCUAUGCCGUCACCUACACAGCGAUGUACGUCACACUGGUGUUCCGCGUAAAGGGCUCCCGCCUGGUCAAACCCUCGCUCUGCCUGGCCCUGCUGUGCCCCGCCUUCCUGGUGGGUGUGGUCCGCGUGGCGGAGUACCGCAACCACUGGUCAGACGUGCUGGCCGGCUUCCUGACCGGAGCGGCCAUCGCCACCUUUCUGGUCACCUGUGUCGUGCACAACUUCCAGAGCCGGCCACCCUCCGGCCGAAGGCUCUCCCCCUGGGAGAGCCUGGGCCAAGCCCCCACCAUGGACAGCCCCCUCGAAAAGUUAAGUGUGGCCCAGGAACCCGAGGCCUGCAGGCCGCAUUCGACACCGGCACGGCUCACCCCAUCCAAGCCGCAGAACUGCGCCCGCCGUGGCCACCUGAUCCCAAGCUGCGCGUCCUCCAGGGCUCCAGCCAUGUGUUCAUCACCCCGUGUGCCCCGCCCUCGAUUGAGAUCUGAGCCAACGCCCCUGCCUCUGCCCCUGCCUUUGCCAGCACCAACCCCCAGCCAGGGCCCCUCACCCUCCUCUCCUGGGCCUGGGGGGCCAGGAGGGGGUGGUGGACGUGGCCGGAAGCUGUUGUUGCCCACACCCCUGCUGCGGGACCUGUACACCCUUAGUGGACUCUAUCCCUCCCCCUUCCAUCGGGACAACUUCAGCCCUUACCUGUUUGCUAGCCGUGACCACCUGCUGUGAGGCCCAAUCACUCACCCAGAAUCUGCCAGUCCUCAUUUCUUCCCUGCCACACGUGUGCGUGCGUGUGCCGUGUGAGUGCCAAAGCCCCCUGUCCCCAAACCAGCCAGGUCCAGACAUCAGAGGAUGGCUGGAAGGACAUUUGGGGGCCCCCUGCCUCUCUUGCCCUCUGGGACAUCCAAGUGGGCAUAACUGAGAGGUGGGCCCUUGCCCCCUAGGAUUGCCCUUUUGAGGGCCAAAUCCUGACCCCAUUGGCUAUUGCCAGCCAAUGGGAGCCUCCAGUUAUUUGAAUUGUAACCAAAAGGAGUUUACUCCAGCCAAUGGGAGCCUCCUCCUCACUUAGAAUCCUCAGGCAAGAGGGCAACUCCAGCCAGUGUUCAGCAAAUGAACAACCAAUAGGAGCCCUUGUUUUCCAGAAUUUCUAGGGUGGGUAUGAUUCCAGCCAAUGGGGGACCGCCCAUGUCUAAGUAUGUGCAACAUUGAGGAGGGAGAUGGGACCAUCCUUUGUAACUGGGUUUUCUCUCCUCAGGAUCAGAAUCCAACCCGAGGGUGGGGGCAGGUUCCCCCAUGGCAGGGUCCUUGAUUCACCCCUUCCCCUUUCAGACCCUCCACCAUGUGCACCCUCCCACCCAGACCCUCCUAACUCCCUACAUAUGCAGGGCUUGUCCAGUUCAAAAGUUUUGUGGUUCAGGGUGCUGUCUCCCUUUGCCUGUGCCCAGGUCACCCCAAACCCUUUUGUUAUUUAUUAGGGCUGUGGGAAAGGGCCUUUUUUUUCCUUGGAACCCACCCCUGUUUUUCACACUGCCCCCAUGCCUCAGCCUCAUGAGGAUGUGCCAUCAUGGGGGCAUGGGUGGAGCAGAAAGGGCUCCCCAUCCAGGAGGGCAGCCAAAGGCAGUGGGCAGAGGAGACACUGACUCCCUUUCCUGCCCCUUCCUCAUCUUUAAUAAAGACCUGUUUGUAACAGAA